CUAUACUCUCUAAUGCUGAGCAAUAAUAAAUUACAAGGACCGUUGCCGCGCUCCCUAGUCAAAUGCGUGAAUUUAUCAUUACUAUAUCUCGAUCACAACGAGUUCGGUGAUAUCUUCCCACAUUGGCUGGAAGCACCGCAACUACAGAGUCUGGACUUGCAAUCAAACAAAUUUAAUGGUAGGAUUAACCUCACUGCCUUGAGACUCUCCUUCCCUGCUCUUGAACUUUUGGUUAUUUCCAACAACAAUUUCACUGGACGGUUGCCCAUAGAACUUUUCUCAAACACCUCAUUAGCUAUCAUAGAUUUGUCCAACAAUGAGUUCGGAGGGCCAAUUCCACUUGCAUCUCCUGUCACAUUUUAUUAUUCCAUUGCAAAUAAUAAAAUAACAGGAAAGAUCCCCUCUUUGAUAUGCAAGGCCACCAAGCUCCAAGUCAUUGAUUUUUCCAAUAACAGCUUAACAGGUAGCUUGCCUCGAUGCUUGACAAGUUUUAGCACCGAUCUAUCAGUUUUGAACUUGAGAAUGAAUUACCUCCAGGGCACAAUUCCUCCAUCGUUCUCUUCGAGAAGCAGCUUGAUGACUCUUGACUUGAGUCGAAAUCUGAUCGAAGGCACAUUGCCCCGGUCCCUUGUCAAAUGUAAAAAUCUUGAAGUUCUAGAUCUCAGCGACAAUCGGAUAGAGGAUACAUUCCCAAGAUGGUUGGGAACACUCCCAGAACUAAAAGUUCUCGUUUUGAGUUCCAACAAUUUGAAGGAUCUUUUGGAUAUUCCCAUGGGAGCUCACCUCUUUCCCAAGUUGCACAUUAUGGACCUCUCCAACAACAACUUUAGUGGUCCAUUGCCAGCCAAUUUGAUAAUGAACCUUAAAGGCAUGAUGACUGACGAGAAUGGGCAAGACAAAUCACUUUAUAUGACACGAUCUUUCGGAUCGGCAUCAUACGAGAAUUCCGUGACCGUGACGAUGAAAGGGCUAGAGAUUGAGCUGGUGAAGAUCUUGACCUUCCUCACAAUUAUGGAUUUGUCGCACAACUCUUUCCAAGGGGAUAUCCCCAAAGUUAUCGGACAUCUUCACUCUCUCGUAGGGCUCAACCUUUCUCAAAACCACCUUACGGGUUCCAUCCCUCCGACUCUAGGGAACUUGACUGAUCUUGGAUGGCUUGAUCUUUCUUCGAACAAGCUUAAAGGGGCAAUCCCUAGAGAAUUAGGAGAUUUGGCAUCCCUUGGGUACUUAAACCUCUCGAAGAACCAACUCACCGGUCGAAUUCCUCAAGAUAUGCAUUUGGGCACGUUUCCAAGUGACUCGUUUAAUGAAAAUCCAGGCUUAUGUGGAACUCCAUUGCCAAAGGCAUGCCCCGGUGAUGCUCAAUCUCCUCCACCACUUGUCCUCAUCAACUUCGAUCGCAAAGGGCAUGAGAGUUGGUUCGAGCAGAAGACAGUGUGGCUAGGCUAUGCAUCGGGAAUCGUGAUUGGGAUUUCGAUAGCUUACAUUGCAUUCGAAAUGGAGAAACCGAAAUGGCUCAUGCGAGGUGUGAGAAUGCUGGAGAGAAGAGCAGCCAAGUGGACAGAGAAGCCACAACGGAAGGCCAUCAAAUUUCAUGGACAAUGAAAUUGUUUGAGGAGUUGCCUCAACAAAAUAUCACGGCGAAUUCAGUUAAUAAAGAUGUCGCCGAACCAGCUUGAAAUGUUGUUUUCCUUAGGAAGGCUUGUUUCUGAUGUAUUCUCUCUUUGUUUCUCGAUGCAAUUGUAUGUCAGUUGAAUUGAGAA